CGGACUCGCGAUUCCUGAUUCAGUAGGAAGAUUCGAAUCAUUAACCCGGGUGAUUCAGGAACCGUUCAGCUCUAUUCACUAACGCAGUUAUAUAAAUCAUGGCAGUAUUAGAAGCGUGGUACAUGGACGAGUCCACUGAUGAUCAGAGACUCCAUCACAAACUACAACCAGAUCAACCAGUGAGUCUGGAGGAGUUAAAGGAAGUUGGAGUUUUAUAUUGGAAGUUAAAUGCAGAUAUCUAUGAAGAUGACCCAGCGUUGCAGAAAAUCCGUAAAGAAAGAGGAUAUUCUUAUAUGGACAUUAUAACCAUACAUCCAGACAAACUACCCAACUAUGAGGACAAAUUGAAAAUGUUCUACGAGGAGCAUUUGCACCUAGACGAUGAGAUCCGCUACAUCUUAGAAGGAAGAGCGUACUUUGACGUUCGGGAUAAGAAUGACCGCUGGAUACGGAUUGCUAUGGCGAAGGGGGACCUGAUCACACUACCAGCUGGGAUUUAUCACCGAUUCACGUUGGAUGAGACGAACUACACUAAAGCCAUGAGGCUGUUUGUUGGAGAACCAGUGUGGAAGGCCUACAACCGUCCAGCUGAUGACUUUGAAAUUCGGCAGCAGUAUGUCGACUUACUCCAGCGCUCCUGAGCAGCAUCUGAGAUCACCUGGGUGCCUUUUAACACUACCACGCAUUUUACAAAUAAAGCCAUUCAAAUCAUCCAAAUAACUGCAGAAAAUGUUGGUAAUAAAAGCAGAGGCUGUGGGAAUUAAACAGUCAGAUUGUGAUGUUGUAGGGAAAUGGCCAUUUUUGAUACAUCAAUCAGCUAUAACAUUAAAACCACUGGAAUAA